UGGACCUGGGAAAGCUUACUUGAGCCCAAAAGUGCACUUGUUGAGGACAACUGCAGUAGUGAAUUACCUUCUGCCAAGUUUUAUUGCAAAUCGUGCUGUUUCGAGUGCCAUACCCUGAAGGGUUUCAGGAAUCAUCUCUCGAGAAGAAAGCAUGCUGUGCAAGAGGUUAUGAACCCUAUACAUCCAGAUCUUGACGAAGUAACGAGGAGAUGGGGAAAGAACUAUGCUGCGAAGCCUGAAUACGCGACAGCUCAAAUAGCGGUGUGGUGGGACAUGAUAGACUGUCCGAUUCCCGAGGGUUAUGAUCCUCGUCAAGUCCGUCGUAGUAUGGAAGUGGCUUUCAAGAAACUAGGCUACUCUGGUCCUGUCUCCAUCACUGCCUUCGGCGACCACAAACAAACCCCUGAUCACAUCCUGCGAGGGCUCUCUUCCACUGGAGUCGCUCUUGCACAUACCACUCCCAAAAUCCAAUACAACCGCAUCUUUGCAGAUGUGAUGACGUGGCAAGAUCAUAAUCCUCCUCCGGCUACAAUUAUGAUCAUAUCCUCCCCCGAUGGUGUGGAGAUGGUGUUCUCAGAUUGUCUUGCCGAGGUACAACAACGGACGAAAUACAACCUUUUUAUGGCUUAUUCAUAUAGGCCUUACAAAAUGUCAGUCCUGCUCACUUCUGCAGAGUGGCUUUGGGAAAGCUUACUUGCAGAGACACAAAGACGCGUUCUUCAGAAGUGCAGUGUUCUUCAGAAGUGCAGUGAAAGGGGUGAAUGUACCAAAAUGUUUUAUUGCCAAUACUGCUUUUGUGAGUGCGAAAGCCUUGAAAAUUUCAGGAAGCAUCUCUCAAGCGAAAAACAUGCAAGCAAUGAGGGUGUUGAUGUUCCUGGGAGUAUUAGUUUGAACCGCUACUAUCAUAGGCUACAUCUCAAGGCCAAAGUACUAGAAAGUUUUCCAAAGACCGUACGUACGAGGAAAGCAUACCGGACUGGAUUUGGUCAUCUUCAUAAUCAUUUGCGUCUUACUUAUCGUUGAGCUCGACGUAGGCCUUGAAUAUUUCAAACGUGCAAGAAAGAGUGGUUGUGAAUUACUCGAGUGAUAAGUCCUGGAAGCUCGUUUCGGUUUGUUUGUUUAAAAUACUGGUUAUAUAUAUUUAAACAAAAAGUAAGUUAAUCCUAUUUUUCACUGA